AUCUCAGAACUAUUAGCUAGCCAAUAUGGACCAGCUUGUACCUCGGGAUGUGCGUGUGCGCUUACUUGGGAUAGUAAACAAUACACACAUCAAACAGUGGCACAUAGUCGAUACACAGCUGUACAACACAAUAAGCACGCUUGCAGCGUCUAUCUAUGCAGAUGUUGUUUCUCCUCAUAUCGCACACAGUACAUCAGCUCACGAGCCUCAGAAUAUAAAUACACGCGAUAGCCAAAACGGCAGCGCUACACCACGAUCGCAGUAUGUAACUCAACUGUAUCAGGGGGGACGAGGCACAGAUGCAGUGAUUAACGUACGCGUGUCCUUGUCGAUGGAUGGCUACUUGCUGCCACCUUAUCAGCCGACUACGUUACUACGUGACGGUGAUUUGGUGCAGUUUGAUAUCGUGCAAUUGCAGGGGCAACCUCACGAGCGAGACACACAACUACUAGGCACAGCAGAUACAGAAGCAGACACACACACACAAACGCUCCAUACGAUCAAAGGCCCGAGAAUUUCAGCGCAACACAAUACCUCACAGAACAAAGAGUGUACACCUGGGCUUCAAUUGGCACUCUCUACACUCAUCCCUUCAUUGGCUGUUGCGAGUAUUGGGCAUGCAAUGAGCGGAAGUGGCUCACAAAGCAUAGACACACAUGACAGUACCACCGUAGAUAGUGAACUAUUAGCUGGAGGUGAUCAAGCGGAUGCGUUGGAGAAGCUAAAGGGCAAACGCAAAAGGGGUCGCAAAAGGACAAAGUCAAACACGGCUAGCACUCAUACCGCUGAUAUGCCCUUAGCAGAAGGAACAAAGGCACUUACCAAUGGAACUACUACACCACACGUACGUAGUCCUGUUGAACAAAGUAUAGAGCAGGGAGUAAGUGCGGUUGAUAUGGUUAUGAAUGUGGUCAGUAGUACGAUAAACCAUACAGAAGGCGAGGGUACAAUUGACACAGAAGGAGGGAAUACCGAUGCGACUACCAACGAGGCCAGUGCUGGUACAGAAACGGCUGGGGACAACCCUACAGCAGGUGCUAAGAAGAGUCGAAGACGAAGCAGGAAGUCGAAGAAAGCCAGCAAAGCAGUUGACGGGGAUGAAGCGGCGAGUAUUGGCGAGAGUGCUGCGGUUGGUAGUGAGAUGAAGGAUGAUGCGAUACCAAAAAGUAAACAAUUGGAGGUAGCCACGAGUACUUCUGUUGAGCUGUUUGAUACAGAGAAGAAAGAUAAAGCGAGCAAGGGUGUGUGUAGUACUGCUGCAGUGCCUGGUGUAGAUGUGGCAGUGAGUAGUGUAGAAGCGACGGAGUGUAAUAGCGAGGGGACGCAGGAGAAGAAGUCCAAGAAGCGGAAACGCAGCAGUAAGAGAAGUCACAAGACCAAGAAGGCACGACCCGAAGCCACAGAGGAUACUCUGGCAAGCGAUCAACCAGCGAUUAACACAUCCAACGAGACGGGAGCGAAUCAGAACACACAACACGAUAUAGACAUGCGUGGGUCUGAUGAAGCGCCCCACACACGCUUCACGGCAGCAACACAGGGCGUAUCUAGUAAUAAGGAGGUCGCUGUAACUACGAAGGAGGUUGGGUUGGAGGGAAGCAUGUCCAGUGAUACAAGCAAAGAAAACACGCAGUACUCGUCAUUGCGUUCGAGCAAAGGGACGAUCGGUGGGGUGAGCGGUACGGUGAUCCCGGUUGUGACUACGGAAAUACCGGUAUCGACAGCAGCAACAAGUAGGGGUGGGGUAUGGGAUAACACUGCUGAUGCUGGUGAGAGUGGUGUGCAUAAGAAGCCGAGAGUCGUCUACGACAAACUGCCUGCAUUAGAAGGAAAACCACGCAAAGGGGAUGUUUUGGUGUUCAAGAUGAUGGAGAUGGAUGCUAACUAUUGUCCAGGACUAUCCAAAUUCAAGGAGGGAACAGUAUCCGAAUACGAUGUUGCCAGCGAUACAGCAGUGCUGAAGUUGCGUAACCAUGGCAACAAGAACAAGCACAUUAACCCGUAUGCCGACCCCGACAAUUGGUACUACCACUCCGAUGAACCAAGAGAUCGAUUUGACAUGGGUGACGAGUUUGCUGUUGAUGGUGUUGUGGAAGGCAUGGAAGAUGAGAUUAUAACCACGAUGGCCGCUCUAAUGGAUGUGCGGCUCAUCUCGUGACGCACUCACCCUCGAUGUACCACAAGGGAAAUCACACUCUACUGACUGGUAAUCAUGAGAAGCUCAAUGUCGCAACUAGGGGUGUUACACUGUAGUAAGCCGAGGAUGGGAGUACCCACCGUCUUUGACCUGCCAACAGAAGACAAAGACACUAUACUCCCCAGUACAAACAACCGAGAGUAUGACACUAGCAAAUCUAAAUGCGAGACUUGUAGCGUCCCUAACUUAUGGCUGUCAGCCCAAACGUACGAGAUCAGAAGACGUCAACCUAAGCUUUGAAUCCGCAAGUGCUGUACUCGCAGGACUGCUAUCCAUAUUCACCUUAGGUUUAAGGUUUGCUUACCCACUCUCGAGGCUCACCUGGUUCGACAAAAGUAAAGCCGAAGAACGGACUUGCCGGGGACCCAAACACUGAUCAAUCGGGAUUUAGUCGCACCAUUUGUGCACCCAUAAUUCAGACUCGAAUUGUGAUGUUCUAUAGCUACUACGCAGAUAGGCGCUACGGACAAGGGGUUAUAUAGUCUAUAAGUUGAGCUCGAUUCGGCGAUAAGUUGAGGUCUGUUCAUUUUAACCGGCACGUCUAAGCCGCCAUUGUAUGUCACCAUGCAUGUUGUACCACAGCAGAGAAGGUGCAGGCAAGGUGAGGUAUCGCAAUUGUAU